CGACGAUUUGACUUUAUCUAUUCCUCACACAACAAAAAGGCUCGACUGGAUACAUGCUACGAUGACAACCCUCUGAGCUUGCUCGUCAAAACUAUACAGAGCCUGGACCGCUUUCGCUACAGGAGUUCUACGUGCUGAGUACGUCAAAUCCGAUCUCAUGGAAGCACCGUGUGCACUAUGAAAUGGACGGUUUUUACAUAUAUAUGACUUGCUAAAAAUAAGCGAAAGUGCGCUUAAUUAUGUUGUCAAGUAGCAGCAACGUUAGCAGUAGCAGUGCAUAGAAGUAUUGUUGCUCGAAGUCGCCGGCGCUCGUAUGAGCGGUAUGCUGAGCCAGUUUCUAGAAGAAAUUUAAUCUGGUAAAGAAGGAAAUCGGCCAAAGAGUGAGAGCAGCGACUAUGGCUUCACCUCCAACACCCGCUUAUAUUUUUCGAGGGCAUAAUUCGUCAAUAAAUGCCGUCAAGUUUUUUGACAAUGACCAGUACAUUGCGUCUUGUGAUGCGAACGGCGUGGUUUGCAUUUGGAGAAUGAAGACGCGACGAUCUAUACUUGAGUGGAAAGCCCAUGAACACGGUUGUUUACAAGUGCACGUCUACGAUUCCAACAAGCUUAUUAGUCAGGGGAGAGACAACGUGGUGCAUAUAUGGCAACUUUUGCUUGAUAACAGUGACAAGCUAAAGUGUGAAGCAACGCUGAUCCACUCGAUUCCAUAUUAUUCACUCUCUUUUUGCCGGUCAUCCAUUUGUCAAACGUCAGAUGAUACGCUCUUAUGCCUUCCACUCCGAGGUCACACAUCGCUGGUAGACAUCUACAGUAUACAACAACAAAAAUGGAUCGUGCAAAAGAUUGGGGUAGCAAAGGACAGCAACGAAAAGGACGAUCGUCUAUGUAUGGCUGUCCAACUUUUCUGGCCAGGAGAAGGAUCCACGCUGUUCGUCUUGGUCGGUUAUGAGGACGGUUCAGUGGCACUAUGGAACGUUUCUGAUCUAAAUGAAAAGCCAAACCUUGUAUGGAAAGCAAAAGAGCACACAGCCCCAGUACUUGACGUCGCUGUGGAUCGUACUGCCUAUGCAUUUGCUGUUUCUACUUCUGCCGAUAAUCAAAUCGUCAAAUAUGCACUGUCGUCGCCGUUGUCGUCAUCACAACGAUCAGACGAUAAUCCAGUCAUCAAAAAGUCGAGUAUCAAAAAAUCCGGAUUGGCUGCUGUGGAUAUUCGAAGAGAUGGCAAGAUUUUUGCCACGGCUGGUCACGAUGGCAGAAUCCGUGUGUUCUCGUGCAAAUCACUUCAACCUCUAGCUAUCCUGUCAUACCAUCGUGAUAGUGUCUAUACCGUCGCAUUCGCAUCGACACUACAAGAUUCAUCUGAUCAUUGGUUGAUUGGUGGGUCCAAAGAAGCUAGGAUUAGUCUAUGGAGCAUCUAUUAGACAUGCACGCACACAAUCCCUCUCGUAUCCCAUCUCCUCCCGUCACACUAAUAUUCCUUACUCGCAUUUUCAACAUUUAUUGUACCAUACAUAACAAUCAACAAAGGUCAUUUAAAACAGAUACUUGGUGUACUAUAUGUAUAAUAAAAAUGACACCUACAGUAUACGUUGCAUGUAUAUAAAUGUCAGUAAAACAUACUUUACCAAAAAG